AAAAUAAACAUCUUUUUUGUUAUAUUUUUUUGUUAAAAGAAAGUAACUAAGUUGCUUUGUUUCUUCUUCCUAUCAUUAUUGAUUUUUCCAUAAGUCAAGUGAUGGUUCUACCAAAUUACUUCAACUCUCGCUACGGAUGGUUUCUUCGAUCUUUUGGUCGCGUUUCUCCUCGAAGAAAGCACUCUACGAACGAUUUCAACACUUUGGCCCGACCAAGGAGAAUUUGGAUCUUGGCCUCUUUGGGUAUAAUUAGUUCUAGUUUAGCGUAUUUUUUCCUACCAUCUCGAGAAGAUGUUCAAUGUGAGCAAGAAAACGAGGCUAAAGACAAAAAACGACGAAAAUGUAAGCACAGUAAUGACUCAUCUAAAUUGUCAUGUGCUAUCAAGGAAGCCCAGGUGUACAUAUCACAGCUUCAGGUUGAGACUGGCACGCCUGGCCUAGUAGCUGCCGUCAGUGUUGAUGGCACACUGGUCUGGAGUGAGGGGCUUGGGCUUGCUGAUGUAGAGAACCAUGUAAAGUGCUCUCCUAAAUCUGUGAUGAGGAUAGCUAGCAUCAGUAAAUCACUAACAGCUGCUGCAGUUGCAAAACUGUACGAAGAAAAGAAAAUCGACCUUGAUGCGCCCAUACAAAAAUACAUCCCAAGUUUUCCUCAGAAAGAGUUGGAUGGUGAAGUAGUUACCAUAACAACUCGACAAUUGCUGUCUCACCUUGGAGGAAUACGGCACUAUGUGAAAGCUGAGAAGAAGAGUGAACCAGACCAAGACACACAAACAAAAAACCCUGGCAUACAGGAUUUAAGUAAAGCUGGAACUAAUGAAACACGAGAAAAUGAGAAAAAUGCUACAAACGAACUCGAAAAUAAAGAGUAUUACAUUAAGGAACCCUUGACACUCUUAGAAUCCUUAGCCUUAUUCGAGAAUGACCCUUUGGUGGGAAAACCAGGAGAGAAGUACAACUACACAACUCAUGGGUACACACUGAUCAGCGGUGUAGUUCAUGCCGCCGCAAAACAGGACUUCCAGAAGUAUAUGAAACAGUUGUUCAAGGAACUGGGUAUGAACAACACGGCCCCAGAGCAUCAUGGUCCAAUUACUUAUCACCGGGCACGGCAAUACGAGCGUAAGAAGCGCCACGGACUCGUCAAUGUCCCGUAUGUAGACAACUCUUACAAAUGGGCGGGAGGUGGCUUCAUAUCAACUGCUGAGGAUCUCGUAAAGUUUGGUAACGCACUGCUGUAUGCGCGACAGGCAAACGACCAAUCACCGCCAGGAUUUUUAAAACAAGAGACAGUCAAAGAGAUGUGGGCACUCGUAGAGGCAACAAGAGGCAAAGUUGGGACAGGAGAGAAGGGGUGGUAUGGGUGGGGAUGGUACGUCCUCCCAGAGAGCACAAGUCAUGUGUGUGGCCGACAUCAGCGAGAAACUAUCUUUCAUACAGGUGGUGCAAUAGGGGGCGUUUCCGUUCUACUCCUGCAACCUGAUAAUCGCUGUCGUUCCUCUCCCUCCCCACCACGGGGUAUCGUGGUCGCCUUGUUGAUGAAUCAGCAGGAGGUUGCGCGGAAAAUAAGUGACGCCGCGGAAAACAUCGCUACCAUAUUUUAUGACCAUCUGAAUCCUGAGAAAACCUAGGGAAGUGGCAUGGCUCUUACGCUUCCCCUCAGGAAGAGUGCAAAGAAAAACAAAGGAAACUUAUGAUUUUGGAAUAUCGGCAUUAUGUUGUACAUAGAUUGGUAUAGACAUUUUUGUCCCGAUUCUUGCAUCGUCUUUCUGUCGUUCUAUUUGUAUCCACACAAACAGAUUGGGUUCAGUGUUAAGUAGUGCUCAAGAGAUUGCGAGUAGUCACACUUAACUUGCUGUGGAACUUUUGUUGCACAAUAUCAAAUUAAACAUAGUAUUUAACGGCA